AUGCCCAGCCUUUUAUUAACCUUGAGUUUAUCACUCCUCUUGAUUCCUGGAAAUAUCGCUGCAGCAAGCUGCAAUGAAAUCCUCAAAAUUAAUUUUGAUGCUAGCCAUGAUGCAUCUACAACAGCUUGGUCUGCACCUGUUGAUGACUGCAUCGUUCUAGCCAAAGGAGCCUUUCUGUACUUCCGAGCCACAGAAUCGAGGGACUUUCAGUUACGAAUUGAAGCUGCUGAUGCUCAGUGUGCACCUACAAGUAAUUUACUUCUCUCAGAUUUAACACGAUACGCUAUUGUGGACCAGAACGGAGGAAUUGAUUACUAUAUCCAAUUGGAUGACGUGGCAGUUGCGAAAAAGUUCGUUUUGGAAUCUGCUUUAAGUACAGGACCCACAAUACGGGACGCGGCAAUCAUUGAAUGCUCUAAUCUACGAUACAAACGAGCUGCAAACAACACUGGCUCUUGUGGAGCUGGGGCUAUGUGUGCACCAGGCUACUGCUGCUCAAAAUACAGCUAUUGCGGGAGAUCGUCCGCAUACUGCGGCACUGGCUGCCAACCACUCUACGGAACUUGUAAUGCAACAGCGAGUGUCUCACCAGCAGCUUCGACAGUAGUUACCUCCAAAGCACCUAGCGUUGCAGCAUCCACAACAAAACCGGCCACAUCACCCGCAUUGGCAUCUACAACAAAACCAGCCACAUCACCCGCAUUGGCAUCCACAACAAAACCAGCCACAUCACUCCCAUUGGCAUCCACAACAAAACCAGCCACAUCACUCCCAUUGGCAUCCACAACAAAAUCAGCCACAUCACUCCCAUUGGCAUCCACAACAAAACCAGCCACAUCACUCCCAUUGGCAUCCUCAACAAAACCAGCAACAUCAGCUAGCGCCUCACCUAAAGCAUCAUCUACCAAACUCCCAUCUGCUGCAUCUACAUCUCCAGCACCCUCCGCAACAGGUACCCCAGGAACACUCGGAGCGUCAUGUGUCUCGGCAUGCUCACCAUCGACCCUGCAAUGCAUCGACGGGAUCUGUCAACGCUAUUGGGCACAACCUACAUGGACAAGUACCGCUGUUACUGCAACCACGAUGCUGAAUGGAUGGAAUGCUACAAAACUGGCCUAUGAUGCUGGACGUAAGGUUGUUACCGAUCCUGCCGGGUCUAGUGAAUUGGUUAUGAAAGUUGUGUACCCGGCUGGGAGUCGUGAUCCGGCGACUACUCCUGUAGGUGGAACUGGGUUCUAUGCGGAACCGAUUAGUAUGGCUGGCGUUACUCACAUCACCAUUCAAUAUGAUGUCUUCUUUCCAACUGGCUUUAAUUUUGUGAAUGGUGGUAAACUCCCUGGUGGAUAUGGUGGACACGCAUCAUGCUCAGGCGGUGCGUCCGCAUCGGAUUGCUACUCAACACGCCACAUGUGGCGAGCCUCAGGCGCCGGUGAAGCAUAUCUCUACCUCUAUCAACCAAUCCAACUUGCUUCAUUCUGUCUCGCAAACAUCUGCGAUGCAGCAUACGGUGUCUCAGUUGGACGAGGAGACUUCACAUUCAAAACAGGCGUUUGGAAUACCAUUCGUCAAAAGGUCAAACUCAAUUCGGUUUUGCUGGGAGUUGCUAUGGCUGAUGGGACAUUGGAGGAGAUGUGGUCUGUUAAUGAAGCGACCCCUGCGACUGUUAUCACACAAGCUGGGAUAACGUGGAGACAGAUUGCGAGCGUGGCUCCUCUUGGGCUAGAUGCUCCUCCUCUAUAUAUGACACACCCACUACGCAAUACUCAUACUUUAGGAGGGCAUCCAUGUCCGUUUACUGAUUCACAGUUAUACACCAUUCUGAAACGAAACGAUACCGCCUCAUCUCGUCUGGAGACCUCAUUCUGA